GUCAAUAUAUAUUUAUAUACAUAAAUACGUACAAACACACAUACGCACACAGUCACACACACUCAUUAAUGCUACAUACACUUGUUUAGUAUCUGGUUGCCCGACACUUUGCAAUGUAAGUUAGUUGCACCGCUCCGCCUUGCAGCCUGUUAUGUUACUUCUUGCAAUAUUCAUAUCAGAGCGGACUGUGCGUUUGGAUUAUUCAUACACACCACCAGCUUUGACAUGUAUUUACCACUGCGGACCAAUUUAGGUUUACAACUGAUGUGGAACGCAACACUUUGAGACGGCCCAUGAUGAGGAUAUCUGGUCCGUAUUCUUGAAUUGUCUGACCUGCGUCAAUUGGGAAAUUUCAAACUUCUGUAAUCUUUUUUCCUUCCAUGCCUGGCCUUCUGAGUGGUAUUCAAGCCAUUUGGUAGCAACUCAAAUUCCGUAAUGGUUGCAUAUCUUCCAAUGUUACACUCAAAGAUGUGGAAUUACUGCUUUAUAUAAACUGGACACUAACAACCAAUUGAAGGAAAGGUAACCAAUUCUUUACCUGCACUGCAUGAUAUUCUUCAAUCAUGGCAAAUGCUUUAUGGAUUUUUAAAUUAUUAUUGUUGCUCGGACUUUCAGUGCUACUAUACACAGUAUUUCUAUUGGUUCCUAGACCAAGCGUCUCACAAAAACUCCACAAAUUCAAAGAAGACUUCGUUUCUGUAUACAAAAGUAGACUUCAACAGAAAAUACCAGAAGUGGAAGUAUUACCAAUUCCAACAGAACAUAAUGUUUUCUCUCAGAGUUUUAUUGAACCUAAAACAAACCCAGUUAAGGAAAAUUUGCCAAAAGAGCAUCUUGAUCAGUGGUUAAGACGUUUCCAUCCACAACCUACAGACAAAUUUGACCAUUCAAAACAUAAGCAUUUCCAAAAAACACUUAUUUCUAAUGACAGUCUGUGUCGUAAUUCAGCUGUUGAUAUCUUGGUAUAUAUUCAGAGUUCUCCAGAGAACCAUGCACGACGACAAGCAAUCCGUGAGAGUUGGGGAAAUGGGGCAGUUUUUCUAGAUAUAUAUAUGAAACUUGUGUUUGUGGUUGGUAAAUCAACCAAUAAGGAAAGCCAACACAAAAUAAAAGCAAGCAUUACUUACGAAAGUAUACAAUACAAAGAUAUUCUUAUGCUUGACAUUGUGGACACCUUCCAAAACAUAACUUUGAAAAGUAUAAAUGCUCUUCACUGGAUUUAUAAUAUUUGCCCACAGGCAAAAUACAUUCUCAAGACAGAUGAUGAUAUUUAUGUAAACAUUUUUCAACUUAUCGAGUAUUUUAUGCCUCAAGUGUGGAAUAAAGAAAAAGCAAUAAUUUGCCAUUAUAAAACUGAAGGAACAAGUCCAAUUGUUCGGGCCUCAAAUAGUAAAUGGUAUAUUCCUAACAACGUCUUUGUUGGAAAGCAAUAUUAUCCUUUUGGUUUCUGCACUGGUUAUGCCAUUCUCUUCACAUCAAAUCUUCUCCCAGAAAUGUACAACAUGUCUCUCAGAGUGCCUUACAUUGGAAUCGACGAUGUCUAUGCUUUCGGUCUGUUGCUAAAAGACAUAAAAAAUAUUACUGUUAUCAAUGCACAACGCAACUUUACUCUUAACCAAAAUGCUGCUCUUUCUGAAUAUGAAGGUUCAAAACCAAUAUCACAUGUUGUGGCAAGUGCCUGGGCCCAAAACAGUAUGAGUCGCUUCUGGUACGCUACCAUCCGCAAACUUUCUAAUUGGGGAAAAUUACAUUGUAAAUUGAGCACCAAAUAAAAAAAAACACAGUAAUUGAGUGAGUGUAGUAUAUGUGUGUGUGUGUAUUUGUCAUAUACAAUGUGUUACUUGUUCUUCUUUUUGCUAACUUUUCCACAUUCAAAAAAAAAAAAAAAUAUAUACAGAAAGAGAAAGAAAAUAUUUUUAGUGAAAACAAAAAUCUCUCUUUAAUUUUCUUUGUGACACCAGUUUCAAAUUUGAGGCCGUUCUCUAAAGGACUUUAAGGAUUCUGGUUAUGCUCAGCUCAUGAGUAUGUUUCUGUAAAGUUCUAUACAUUUCAAGGAUUAAAAAAAAAAUUUGAACAUUUUAAUUUUA